GUGGUGGUGAUGAUGGUGAUGAUGAUGACUGCUGCGACGAAGAUAACUGUGUCUGGUCCCGGUCUCGGGCCUUUGUAUCCGAGUUGGAUAGCUCGGGUGAAGACAACAUCAGCGUGCUCCCGAUGGCAGCCUCCAGCGCCUCGCUCAUGGUGUUGCACGUCGGGCUUGGUGGUCGCAUUGCCUCACUAGAAUCAGAAGUGCCGAGAGACGGUGCCGAUGCAGACGUAGACACAAACACAGACUCGGAAGAAGAGGCAGACGGGGACGGCGGGACAGAGCGCACGGGGACGAGCGGGACGGGCGAGGGCAGGGCGGGGAAGGCGGUCGCGAAGCCGCGACAACAAAACAACCCUACCCGCAACGACGUCCCCAUCCCCACAGCUCGAAACCCCCUCCAGAAUGGCACCACCACUAUCCGCAGGGCAAAGACCCUCACCCGCCCCGAGCGCAGCGUCGCCCCCGUCCCGCUCAUCAACCCCCAGGGCUCCCUCGUCCCCUCCGCCUCAGGCACCAUAUCCACAGCAGCAGCAUCCGGCGACUCAUCAUGGCCCGUCUGGCCCAUCUUUUCCAAGAUAGUCACCUUCUGGGCGCCCUCCUUCGUCCUCAGCUCCUUCGGCGGACUCGGCAAGGACAAGCAGGUCAUCCAGGCCUGGCGCGAAAAGAUGGCCCUCUGCCUCAUCAUUACCAUCCUUUGCCUCAUCAUCGCCUUCAUCACCGUUGGCACCCAGCUCGUCCUCUGUCCUGCCGCCGCCAACGCUGACCCGGGCCGGUACGCCGCCGUCGGCUCCGUCGCGGGCACGCUUGGUGUGCAGGGUAUCUUGUACAAUGUCACCGCCGCGCAGAGUCCCGCGGGCGUCAAUUUCGACGCGCUCACGCAGCAGGAACCCGGGCAGGACAUCACACCGUUGUUCACGCGCACCGCCGCGCAGUACAACAAGUGCCAGGGCCUGACCUUCAAGGCCGCGACGGAUAACCCGUGUCCCCAGGCGAACUCCUGCCCGCUCCCGUCCAUAACGCAGAACAGCACCUUCGCGCAGCUCGACAUCCAGCCGACGGUGCUCCUCGCCGGCUACGACUGGGGCAGUGUCGCAAAUGUGUCCAACUACCUCGUGAUCGACGGUGCGGUGCUCAACAUGCAGCCCUACUUCACCGCGCACCCAGACGCGGUCCCGGGCGACGCCGUCGACGUUGCUCUGCGCUUCAUCCUCGCGAGCAACCGCACGUCGGGCGGCAAAGACGGCACGAUGACCUUCUACGCGCGCAACGAGCUGCGGCAGGCCGUGCCCUGCCUCGCGCAGCGCUACUACGCCGGCAACAUCGACAAGAUCACGCCCGGAUGCUUCGUCUCGGACCUCUUCCUGUACGUCGGCCUCAUGGUGAUCCUCUCGCUCGUCCUCGUGCGCUUCGCCAUGGCCUGCGUCUUCAAUUGGUUCCUCUCCAAGCGCCUCUGCGGCCCGCCCGACCAGCGCUAUCUGCAGCAGAAAGCCAUCUCGCCCGCUGUCAUGCCCGAAGGCGCUAAUAUCUCCAUCGACAACAAGACCGGCACCGCGCCGUGGGCCGGGCCCGGGGGCGCCGCCAAGAAAGGGGCGCAGGCGCCAUCGCGGCGCGGGCGGAAUGCCUCCGCGGCUGCGAACUCGAGCUCGUCGACGCUCGUGGGCACGUCUGCGAACCCGACGACCGCGCCGCCGACGACGAUGACGCUCGCGCAGAUUGGCGCGGAGCUGUUCGCGGUGUGCCUUGUCACGUGCUACAGCGAGGGCAUGGAGUCGUUGAGGACGACGCUGGACUCGAUCAGCACGACGGAGUACGCGGACGCGCGGAAGCUGCUGUUUGUGGUUGCGGACGGGAUGAUCACGGGGCACGGGGAGAAGCUGAGUACGCCGGAUAUCUGUGUGAGCUUGUUGGAUGCGGACGAGCGGUUUGGGAAUCCGCAGCCGAUGAGUUAUAUUGCGAUUGGGGGCGGGAGUAAGGCGCAUAAUCGGGCGAUGGUGUAUGCUGGGCAUUACACCGUAGCCGGGCGACGCACGCCGACGGUGAUCAUCGUCAAGUGCGGGACGGAGGCGGAGGCGGCGCACGACCCGAAGCCGGGCAACCGCGGCAAGCGCGACUCGCAGCUCAUCCUCAUGAACUUUUUCUCGCGCGUGACGUACAACGACCGGAUGACGCCUCUCGACUUUGACCUGUUCCGCAAGAUACAUGUGUUGAUGGGCGUCACGCCGGAUUACUUUGAGGUGUGCCUGAUGGUCGACGCGGACACGAAGGUGUUCCCUGAUUCGCUCAAGUACCUCGUCAACUGCAUGCAGCACGACCAGCUCAUUAUGGGCGUCUGCGGCGAGACGCGUAUUGCGAACAAGCGCCAGUCGUGGGUGACCGCGAUCCAGGUGUUCGAGUACUUCAUCUCGCACCACCUCGCCAAGGCGUUCGAGUCUGUCUUUGGUGGUGUCACCUGUUUACCGGGGUGCUUCUCGAUGUUCCGCCUCAAGGCGCGGCGCUCGUCCAACGACGACUGGGUGCCGCUGAUCGUCAAGCCCGAGAUCAUCAGGGAGUACUCGCAGAGCGAGGUGGUGACGCUGCACCAGAAGAACCUCUUGCUCCUGGGAGAGGACCGGUUCCUGACGACGAUUCUGCUGCGCACGUUCCCGAACCGCAAGAUGAUGUUCCUCCCGCAGGCGCGGUGUCGCACCGUCGUGCCCGACACGUUCGCGGUGCUGCUCUCGCAGCGGCGGCGGUGGAUCAACUCGACGGUGCACAACCUGAUGGAGCUCGUGCGCGUGCGCAACCUGUGCGGCACGUUCUGCUUCAGCAUGCAGUUCGUCGUGUUCAUGGACCUGCUCGGGACGGUGGUGCUGCCGAUUGCGAUCGGGCUCACGUACAUGCUCAUCGUGCGCAUGGUGCUGAGCCCGCCGCAUACGUUCCAGGAGGCGAUCCCGCUGAUGCUGCUCGUGUCGGUGCUGGGGCUGCCGGCGGUGUUGAUUCUGAUUACGACGCGGAAGGUGGUGUAUGUGACGUGGAUGAUGAUUUAUCUGGUUGCGCUGCCGGUGUGGAAUUUUGUGUUGCCGGUGUAUGCGUUUUGGCAUUUUGAUGAUUUCUCCUGGGGAGAGACGAGAAAAGUCGCAGGCGAAGGCAAAGACGCGGGGCACGGCGCGGGCAAGGGCACGUUCGACGGGUCCGAGGUAUCCCUCCGGCGGUGGGAAGACUGGGAACGCUCGCGGCUGCGCAAGAUCAAGCGAGAAGAGAAACGGAGGAGAGAUAUGGAGCGCAUGCACCCCGGCGGGUUUGUCACCUCGGAAAACGACCUCCUCGCGCCUCCGAUGGCGCCCGGGUUCGCCGGCUACAACGGGUUCCGCAGCUCGGGGAGCACGGCGUCGUUCUACGACGGCGGCUCGGACACGUAUUCGGUCGCAUCGAGCGAUGACGAUACGUGGGGCGGGCAAAUUGGCGGGUACAACGAGAACGGGGCGGCGUACCCGCCGCCGCCGGUUGGACUGUUCACGCCUGCGGACGGGUAUUCGCAUUCGAGGAUACAGUCGCCGGUGAGCGCGCUCGGGCCGUCUGCGUCCGGGUCGACGUCGGGCCUGCUCUCGCCCGCGGACUCAACGAUGCUCGGCAGGAAGAGUACGAUCGGGGGCGCGGAGCUGGAGGCGAUGCUUGAUGCGGGGUUCGAUGAUGCGCGCGGGCAGGUAUCGAGGAAGAGCACGAUUGCGGGCGCUGAGCUUGAGGCGAUGUUGGAUGCCGGGUUUGACGACGACGGCGGCAUUUCAAGGUCUGCGUCACCGUCGCCGUCACAGAGUCCUGCACCGCACGGCGGGCAUUACGCGCCGCAGCACGCGCAGCGGUACCAGCUGAGCGACGGUCCGACUGGAGGAGGCGGGGGAGGGUACUCGAGCACGGCGCGGAGCGCGUCUGCGGAGAACACGAGUUUCCCGCCGAGCCAUCUCGAUCCUGCGAGCCCGUUGCCGCGCUCGUCGCAAGAACGGUGGGGGCCGCUGGGCCCGCUUGAUCCUGGGGGCAAGUUCUAGCCUCUAGUCUGCGAGUUGGACGCUGCUUCUUCCUCUUCUUCUUCCUUCAUGAUUGCGUGUCUCGGUGUCGCGAUACGGACGAUGGUCCCCGGAAUGGAACGGAACGGACCGGACGAUGUCUCUGCCUGCUGCAUACGGUACGGUACAUGAGCUGAUGAUCUGAUGGGCGGCUUGAUUUGUUCUCCCUCUCUUUCUCUUUGCACUUACACGUAUAUCUCGCUUACGACACACAUAGCACAUACCUCACCUCGCACCUCGCUCAUGCAGUGCUCAGCCUAGCGCGUCCAUACAGACGUACCUACAUACAUACCUCCAGGCGCCUACUACUCCCCCUAGCUACCCCCUCGCUCCCUUGACUGUGUGUGUCUGUGUUGCACUUACCUUACAGUACUCUUGUGGUUUGUGCAUGGCAUGUGUGUCACCUUGGAUAAUUGUCUUUUUUUUCUUCACCUUUUUUGUUUGUCUUUUUGCCGAUUCUUGUUUUUUGACAUCACUAUCGAUUUCAGACCUGGUUAUAGCGUAGAUCAGAAGUAACAACAUUGUUAUUGUGGAUAAUAAACG